AUAAUGCAGAAAAUGAAGACAUCAAAAAACCCCAUUUUGCUCUCCUCCCUUCUUCUCUUUUGCAUCUUCAACUUUUCCUUUGCCGCCGACCCGGUGCUGGACACCGCCGGCCAGGCUCUCCUCUCCGGCGUCAAUUAUUACGCCUUAUCUGCAGGGAGCGGCCUCAAGCCAACCAAGGGCGAAAACAACACCUGCCCUUUUCAGGUCGUCCAGACACUCGCCGCCGGCGACAAGGGACUCCCACUCCGGUUUUCGCCGGUGAAUUCCACCGGCGGUGCUGUCCUUGAGAACGCCGACGUGACCGUGGAAUUCGUGGCGUCGGAUCUCACGUCGGGGUGCCCUCAGUCGAGGGUGUGGCUAGUCCAAGACCUUUUCGUGACGACGGGGGGAGAUGGGAAGGGAAACGGAGCGAGCUUAUUCACGAUCGUCAAGUACGAGGAUGCGUACGCGUUUCAGUUCUGUCCGAGAGCCGCAGGUUGCUCCGUCGUGUGCCCCAGGCUUCAGUGUGGAUACAUUGGUGUCCAGGUGGUCGACGGCGUAAGGCGUUUGGCUUUCAACCGUCCGCCAUUGAAGAUUGUAUUCCAAAAGGCUUAGUCUUAGGCUUACAACUAUUAUUAAUGAAUGGUUUGAAAUACUACGUACUGCUUAGUGGCUUUAAUAAGUAUUCAUACUGUAUGGAUUACAUAUUCAUAUCAAUAAAGACUGUAUGAGUAGUUUAUGAUGUUAAUGUUAGUUGGUGAUGGAAAUUAAAAUAUGUUGAAAGUAAUUAUGUACUAUUUGGUGGGCUGUA